UGACAUUAACAACACUGUCACUGAUCCAUCUAUUCAAGAAAUAAUUGAUAGUAAUUGUGAGUUUUUUGUCAGUAAUAAUGAUAUCAUUCCUGAAAGAUAUUGUAUUCACGAGUACAUUUGGCAGACCUUUUCAUGGUAUUUGGCCUGGUCUACAGGAAAUAAUGAUAAUUAG